CCGCGCCGCGGGGAUGCAUCGGCCUUCUGCUCCGCGCCCUGCGGCCCGCACGCCGCGGCCCCGGCCCGCCCCCGCCGCCCUGGCACCGAGGCGGCUGCCGGAGCGCGCUCGGCGGCUGCGCUCCGAGGCGCCGGCUGCCAUGAUUGCGGGCAGCGGGGCGCGCGCGCGCGCGUACGCUCGGGCCCGGCUUGGGGACCCCGGGCGGACCGACGGUCCCCGGCCUGACCGCAGCCCCGUGAGCGCCGCCGAGUGCGGCCAGGGCUCCGGGCUCAUCCCUGCGAGGCCGGUGUUCGCCGUGGAGCUCUCCACGAGGCUCCGGGACAGGGCUCCGGGUCGACGGUGGCAGCGGGCUUCCGCCGGGGCAGGGCGCGCACCGGGAGAACCCCGCGGCGGCUUGUCCCGACAUUGCCCGCCGGGCUGCGGAAACAACUUCCUGCUCCCCCGGCCCAGGGCGCAGGAGCUGCGGGGAGAAGGUCUAGGCCGCAGCUUAGCUAUCUUGGAGCCGGACGACGACACGGCUGCCCACCAGCCGCGCGGUUCCUUCCCGCGCCCUCUCCCCGCAGCCGCGAGCAGCCGGGCGCCGGGGUCCGGACACCGGUUAGAAUGACAAGAAGGCCGCAGCUGCUUUUUCUGCCUGCUCCGCAGGGGCGCCUGAGUGGUUUCUGGCGCUUGGGGACGCGGACACGGGGUCCCUGUGCUCGGUCCCCAUCCCCCUGCCCGGGCAUGCCCUCUCUCAGAGCCAGAUGGACCUGGUUGUCCCCGGAUGCCCGCGACAGGGGCCCGAGAGAAACGAGGCCUCCUGGGCCCCAUCCCAGUGUCUCUCUGUGCCUGUCUCUCCCCACCCACACCUCCCCCCCCCCAGCCGGCCUUGGCAUUCUAACCAGUGUCCCUUGACGUCACAUCUCGCCAUUUCUGUCAACCAAUUGAAACUUGCCCGUUGUCAUAAAAAUAUAUAUACUUUUUAUGCCAUUGGUAAAUUCAAAAGUUCCCUGUGUGCCCUGCUUCCCAGGAAACUUCAUUCCACAUUGGAUUGGACUGCCCAGGCAGGGGGCACUGGCCAUGGGGUGAGGCUGGGCUGGGGCAGCAGGAGCAGCUUGGCCAGGGCCUCUGUUGCCCACUGACCUACCUUGGAGGCUCCCUAGACCCCCCCCCCCAUGACCUUGGCCUUGAAUUGUGCUAGAUACACACACAUACACACAUCACUGCCACCACUGUAUGAGAUACACAAUUAGGGGAGGAGGAAGGGAAGGAGGGGGAAAAAACAGGCUCAAUUAAGAAAUCUUUCAAAAUUACUUUCCUGUGUGUUAGAAUCUCACCGUGGCCUCUUCUUUCUAGGGAUAGCUUUUUUUUUUUUUAACACACACACACACACACAC